AUGACUACAAACGUGUCCAAGACGGCGGUGCCAAAGGCGCCCGAGGAAGUAGUGUCAGAGAUAAAGAAGUUUAAAGACGCGCUACGUAACAUGUACGCGUCCAGCGGUAAGGCGGUAGUGUUCUUCGAGAGGAACUUCCGAACCUCGCACAUGCAGAUACAGUGCGUGCCGGUGCCGAGGGCCAGCGAGCCGCAGCUGCUCGAGGUGUUCCAGGACGAGGCAGGCAUCAACAGCGUGCAGAUAGAGGUGCUGCCGCCGUACUCAGAGAUGAGCCAGGUGACGAUGCCCGGGAUGCCUUACUUCCACGCCGAGCUGCCCAGCGGCGAGCAGCUCUUCGCCAACACCAAGCCGAAUUUCCCGCUGCAGUUCGGGAGGUAA